AUGGCAUCUACCGUUGAAACAGCAAAGAAAUUAGCAGCUUAUAAAGCCGUUGAUGAAAACUUCCCCACCAAUGCCAAAGUCGUAGGUAUCGGUUCCGGAUCUACUGUGAUCUAUGUUGCCGAACGUAUUGGACAAUUAACCAACAAGGAUCAAUUCGUGUGUAUCCCAACUGGAUUCCAAUCAAAACAAUUAAUCAUUGAUAAUGGAUUAAAACUUGGUCUGAUUGAACAAUAUCCUCAAUUAGAUAUUGCAUUUGAUGGUGCUGAUGAAGUUGACCCGCAAUUGGAUUUGAUUAAAGGUGGUGGAGCUUGUUUAUUUCAAGAAAAAUUAGUAGCUGCUGCUGCUGAUAAAUUUGUGGUUGUGGCUGAUUAUAGAAAAGAAUCCAAAAUUUUAGGUAGAGAAUGGACUCAAGGGGUUCCAAUUGAAAUUGUCCCAAAUUCUUAUGCUAAAGUGACUAAUGAUUUGAAGAAAUUGGGUGCCAAGAAGAUUGAUUUAAGACAAGGUGGGAAGGCCAAAGCUGGUCCUGUUAUUACUGAUAAUAACAAUUUCUUGAUUGAUGCUGAUUUUGGGGAUAUUCAAGAUGCAAAGAAGUUACAUGAACAAAUUAAAUUACUUGUUGGUGUUGUUGAAACUGGGUUAUUCAUUAAUAUGGCUGAUAAAGCUUACUUUGGUGAAGAAUCUGGAGAAGUUACUGUUUGGACUAAGUAG